CAAAUUGGCGGUCGUUUCAUGGUUGCGCGCGAAUAACAUCGAAUGCUGUGAAAUCGUGGGUGAAAUGUAGAGGUGAUGUGUUUACGCGUUGUUUAAAGCCAGCGGGGACAUGGAAAGACGUUUUGAGUUUUACCGCUUGCAGCCUAGCGCUUGACAGAGCUGAUGGAAAUGAAUUUGCUCGGUGGAGAGCUGGAAGUUGCGAAGCUAUGGCACAGUUUGUGCAUGCAGUUGACAGGACUUCCCGAAGAGUCAGUACACGCCGUCUACGAGAAUACUCUAGCGGCUCUUGGACUCGCAAUUGAAAGCUCCCAAGAGGAUGAUGAGACGAGGGUCGCAGAGCAGGUCAUCCAGUCUUUUAUAGGAAAACACAAAGAGAAAGAAGCGGUCCGGUUCUCUGACCUGUACCGAAGGCUUCGAUCUCCAGCGCUCGAUGGAGUGUUGCCCAGGCGACUGUCUCUGCUUAAGCUUCUCUUGUUCCUGCAAGACGCUGGGGAACACCAAGGGACAACACGGCCGAGCUUGGAGCCUUACCGUCUGUCACAGAGACGUGCCCCGUCUCAGCCUACAGCGCGCAUUGAGUUCUGGCCUCCUCACGUGGGCCAUGCAGCAACUGAGGGGACCCAUGAGCACUCAACGCCAGCAGGUGGCACUCAAGUGGUUGGAGCAACCAGUCAUGUGGGGCAGAAGGUUUUGCGGGACGUGCUGUUCUCUCUACAGGGUGUCUCCAGCAGCUUGGUGCAGUUCCACGACUUACCGCUGGGAAGUUUCACUGUUGACUCUGAGUGUCAGCUCUCAAGUCCACAGCGGCAGAUCGUACGCAAUCUGGCCGUGCUUGGACGCCUGCGCAUCCUGGUGGAUGGCUUCUGCCGACCAGAAACGUUGCGGCGUGGGCUGCUGUGCGAGGCCUUUGUGGGGGCUUUGCAGAACGAGAUGGCGGAGUACUACCGGCUACUUGCACUGCUUGACACACAGCUGAACCCCACCGAAGCCAGUACUGGUGCCCUCACUUUGCCACGAGUGGUGGCGUGGACAAGCAAGUGCAUGGUCAGAUAUCGUUUCCUGGGAGAUCUUGUGCAAACUUGUUCAGUGCUUAGGGGUGGCGAAUUAGCAAGCCAGCUCCACAGUUGUCUGGCAGAUGGGGAUCCCGAAGUCAGCGCUCUCGCACGCAGGCUCCUCCUCGCGGUGCUUCAACCCUGGUACAACAUGCUUUGCCGAUGGAUCCAAACAGGGCAGCUUGAAGAUGUCCAUAAUGAGUUUUUCAUCGCUGCCAACACUGAUGUGCCCGUGGAGAGCCUUUGGCAAGACAAGUACUACCUACGCAAGAGCAUGAUGCCAUCAUUCCUCUCGGAAGAACAGGCCCGGAAGAUUCUGUGCACAGGCAAGGCCGUCAAUUUCUUGCACCAUGUUUGCCAGAAUACCCCGCAGCAGGCAGACCUGCCUCCACCGAAUUCAGUGGAGUGCCUCCUGAAUGAGCAGCAGGACGACUCCUUUAUGGAAUACCUGGAACAGACGUACCAUACACGCAACUGCCACGUUCUCUCUGUGCUCAACACUCAGUUCAAGUUCAAGGAGCACCUGCAGGCCUUGCGACAGUUUCUUUUGUUGGGUCAAGGAGACUUUGUUCGCCACCUCAUGGAUGUUUUAGAUAAGCAGCUCAGCCAGCCUGCCCAGCUCCUGCGCGAGCACUUGCUGAAGGCGGCCUUGGACGAGGCUGUGCAGACCACCAAUGCGCAGUUUGUGGACCCCGACAUGCUGAAGCGGCUUGAGAUCAAAUUGCUUGACAUAAAUCCGGGCGACACCGGCUGGGAUGUGUUCAGCCUUUUCUAUAGAGUCGACGGACCCAUCGGCAUGGUGUUCACUCCAUACUGCAUGUCGUUAUAUCUGCGGCUCUUCAACCACAUGUGGAGGACCAAGCACAUGGAGUAUGUGGCGACCGCAGCUUGGAUGCAGCAGACCAUCAACCUGAAAGUGAAGAACUGCCAGCGCCCUACUGAGAGCCAAUGCACGCUUCAUCAGUGCCACAUUCUGCUCUCCGAGAUGAUACACUUCAUGCAGCAGGUGCAAUACUACAUGGUCUUUGAGGUUAUAGAGUGUGCAUGGGCCGAGCUGGAAUCGCGUGUGGAACAGGCACAAGACUUGGACCAAGUAAUCCAUGCUCAUGAUGACUUUCUGGCUGCCCUAAUGACUAGGGCCCUACUUGAGCCAGAGUCACGGGAUAUUCUCUCCCAGCUGCGUUCCAUCUUCGACCAAGUGCUUCGCUUCAAAGAGGUUCAGGGAGAGCUGCUUUCUCAGCUGAACAGUGGUGCCAGCAGCCUGCGGGCACAGGCGUCCCUCAGAAUGAUCUCAGAGUCCUACCAGCAUCUCGUACAGGACUUUCUGCUGAGCCUCUCUCGCCACGAUGACACCAACCUUCAAGGACUGGGCUUCCGACUGGAUUUCUCGGAGUUCUACAACAGGCAGAAUGUACAGCUGCGGACUUCAAUGACGUUCCAUAGCCGUCGCCAGUACCAAGGGUCCACUGCCCAAGUUUAGGCGAUUCUAUGGCUGCUCAGCUGCCAUGCCAUAUUACCGCCAGCUGCCAGCGCACAGUGAAGGCAUAAUUUAUAUCGAUAACGCUUCGAGGUAAGGCCUUCUGAAGAGGAGGCAUGCGGAACCACACCAUAAUUUGGGCUUCGUUUGGAGCUGAAGAAUCUGUGAACAAUGAUAAUUUAAUGCUUGGAUUGUGCUUUUCGUUCACAUGUGCGAAAUGAAUGUCUUGAGCGUGCGUUAUCUGGAAAAACAUGGACUAUCAGCCGA